ACGGGGAAGCGCCAUUCCUCAUGUGGAAUCCCAAAAUAGGAAUCUUCUGAUUUUUCACACCAGGACGACACUGGGUCAUUCCGUCUGUAGCCAAGGAUUGGUUUAGUUUUUGUUAGGACAAACUGGACAAGGAAAAAAACAGGACGAUGCCCAACACCAUGAUGACAUGGCCGCCAGCGGAGGUGGACCUGUGGCUCUCCCUCCCCGACAGUAUCCUCCUCCACGUCUUCUCCUUCUUAAACUCUAAGGAAGUCGCCAAGGCGGGAAUCACCUCCAAGAAAUGGCACCGCGUCUCGCAAGACGACCUCCUGUGGAAGGACCUGCUGUACUCGGAGUUCUCCGUGUCCAGAACGAUCCCCAUGGCGCCGCUCAAAACGUCGUGGCGGUCAGAGUUCCGUAGACUACAUUUCUUAUCGCCGGUGGCUCUGACAGAGACGCUGAAGGAACACACAGACCAGGUCUUACAUGUCAGCUUCUCACAUAAUGGCAAAAUGUUCGCUUCAAGCUCCAAGGACGGUUUUAUUAAGGUAUGGACAGUGUCCUGGCCAUGUCAGGUGAAGUACAGUGCAGACAUGAAGAAACACAAGUGGAAGUACACCCAGUUCUCCCAGUUCAACAGUCUGGACACCCUCCUGCUGGUGUCAGGGGUUCACUUCGGUCCUCACAGCACGUCUGGAGAGAUCGCUGUCUUCUCUUUACAAGAUGAGUUCAUGUUACAAGCGCGUGUGUUGAACAAGCCGUACGACAUUUUCGGCACGUGGUUGGACGACUCGUACCUGCUGUCAGGAAACCUGCACUGGCUGGGAGACUCCACAUGUUCCGUCCUGUGGCUCAACAAGGCCACGCAGGAGGUCGACUCAGAACAGGUGUCCGUUGUGAUGCGACUCUUCAGGUUCCGUAACUUUAACUCCAGCACGAUACGGAUGGUGACAGUCGCCGACUGCAGCCGCUUCCUGACUGACGCAGACCCGACCGUGAACACCCACUGGCCCGUGACGGGCGCCUGCCAGCCCAUAUCGGAGGAGGAAACCUCUUCUGGCAGCGCGGAGGCCGUGAACGCCGGGGCUGGCCAAUCAGAAGAAAGUGCAAUAAGACAUCAGUGUGGGACUAGUGAUGGGGACAUGGGGGCAGGGUGCACGUGUGGAGGGGGGGUGUCUAACACGGACUUUGUCGGUGACGUCGCCACGCUGAGCAAGGGAAGUGGGGACGGAACUGCUGCUGAGAGUGAUACAGACUUAACAGACAGUAAGGAUGACAGCGUCAUUCCACUCACUAAAAAACAAUCAAAUCUUAACCUAGCCACAAGUACCACAAGCCAAGAACAAUCCCAUGAUGCAAUGCAAGACGAUGACACUCGCGAUGGCGGUGAAAAUGUUGGACCACACGUUUGGGAACAGUACAGGGCAGCUGAAACUUCCCAUGGUGCAACUGCAGAGCCUUCCCAUGAGUCAUCUGCAGGGUCUUCUCAUGAUGCAACUGCAGGGCCUGCCCAUGAUACAACUGUGGAGCCUUCCCAUGAUUCAACUGCUGGGCCGUCCCAUGAUGCAACUGCAGGACCUUCCCAUGAUGCAACUGCAGGGCCCUCCCAUGAUGCAACUGCUGGACCUUCCCAUGAUGCAACUGCAGCAGGACCUUCCCAUGAAUCAACUGCAAGGUCUUCUUCUACUUCUCAUGACUCGUUUGCGAUGGGCCCUGACGAUCUGUUUUAUAAUUACUACUAUGAUGAGGAGAGCGAUGAGAUGUGGGUGGAUUAUGACUACCUCCCGCACCAGGAGCUCCUGCCGCGCGCCUCGUACUACACAUCCCCGCAGAAGGACAGCCCCACGCAGAGAGGGAAGGAGGGCGGGAGAAGUCAGAACAGUUUUUCCAGCGGCGCCAGCCACAGUGGAGAGCACAGCGAGCUCCUGGCCUCGUACGAUAACAUCGACGUGGCAUACAGAGACCACGGCGGGCGGCCGUCAGCGAGCGAUAAGUACCUCAUCUUCACAACAGGCAGCGAGACUUACACACCUCACCAGAUAGGCAUUAAGAGGAUCCGCCCCCAGCAGAAGGUGAUGAAGGACCCGAAGACUCUGCUACAGGAGAACGCGCUGCACGGCUUCCACGGGAUGGACGGACAGGACCUGGUGGAGUUUGACAGCGUGGACCAGAUCAUCGAGUUACACGGGCACAUCAUCGGCAUGGGGCUGUCUCCUGAUCACAGAUACCUGUUUGUAAACAGUCGUUCCUGGCCGGAGGGUUACACGAUCAGAGAACCGUUAGAGCCUCCACCAAUAGCAGAGCAGAUUGAGAUGCACGUGUUUGAUCUGACCACCAUGAGUCGUGUGGACAGGAUAUACACCAGUCACAAGGCCAAGACUCCCAACGACGAAUGUUUCUUCAUCUUCCUGGACGUUGCCAAUGAAUUUGUUGCAAGUGGAGCAGAAGACCACAAUGGCUACAUCUGGGACCGUCAUUACAACACACUUCUCGCCAAACUGCCGCACACGGACGUGGUGAACUCCGUCGCCUUCAACCCGCAGGAUCCCGAGAUGCUGAUCACCGCGAGCGACGAUUUCACACUGAAAGUCUGGCGGUCGCGUCGGAAACAGCACGAACAUAACGAAAAGCAAGAUACGCUGAAAACACCAAAUUAGUAGGAGCUGGAAAAGCAAGGAAAAUUUUGUGCUAUGUAUUUGUUGCAGCCUGCAAAAUGCAAUAUUUUGGUCCUCUGCAUUGCUUGUGGAACUGUCUGUUUUGCCAAAAAUUGUACAUUUGUAAUUAGUUGUCUGGUAUCACUGUAGAUAUUGACAAUUACCUUCACUGCUGAAAAAAGCUUCAAUAUAAAGAAAGGUUUUGAUAUUUAAAUUAAAGCUAGAAUACUUCUCCUAUAUACUUCAACAGUAUUGUGUUUGUGCAUGUCUUGUCUUGGGUUAGAGGUUGUUAUAAUUCAAGUUUGGGUUGACUAUUGAAGGAUGUUUGUUAUAUAUGGUGGAGAAUAGCCAUGGAUAACAGUAAUGUUUCAACACUUGAAUCAAUGCAAAUGUACUUACUAAUAUUAUUUAUUUCCGUACUUCUCUGUUCUUUGUUGACUGGCUUUUGUAAGCUGUUGUUACUAAACAUCACAACAACUCAGUAGGUCUUAGACAAAUCAGUUUUAUUUUUGCUUGUUCCCCUCAAGUUCUCUUAGUAGAAAAAAAAAAGGAAUUCAAAGGCACACUACACUACCUUUCCAAAGGUACUUGGUUUACAAAUAAAUCAGCUUAAAAUGUUGCACUUAAUUCUUUGUAAAUAUAAUUUGAUUCAGAGCUAUCUAUUACUGGGGCUAUACAAUUUUGCAUAUGUUUCUUUAUUGUAGGAAAAUAUAAUAUUUGACUUGACUCUAACUGUUGCAGGGUAAUGUAUUACAUUACAUUGUUACAGCAAGGAAAUAUGACGACUUUUUUCAUUAACCCUUUCUACUCUAUGAAUGCUUCAGGGUAUCACAUUUGUUCUGGUUCCAGGGUGAAUUAGACUGAGGAGGGUUAAAUAUGGUUGAGGUGAAAUGGAUGAUUUGGCAAUGGCUACUCGAUUGAUUUUGUUUUUAUUUAUUCCCCAAAGAGACCUAAGUUGAAUUUUAGACACUGAAUCUCAUAAAAAAUCUCAUCAAGUUUUAUUUUGAUUCUAAUAUUUCACCAAUGAAAACAGUGUUAUUUGUCAAAUCCAGUUGUAUUUUAUUGAAUGUUUACUUAUUUCUUGAUUUAUCACAAUAUGUACAUUGAUGUAUAUGCAUGAUAAUAAUCUCUAAGAAAUAAAGACACCUUCAAAUGAUACCAUAGCACUUGUUACGA